AUGGGAACAGCCUCAUCCCUCGGCGAGGGCACGUUCGGCCCCAAAACGAUCAAGGCUACUGGCAUCGCUUUGAUUGUGUUGACCUCGCUUGUUGCGGCCGCACGUUUUGUUGGCUCAAUCCGAGGACUUAAGGAUAUCCGAGCGGAAGAUUGUCUUCUGCUGGUGGCCUACGUCUUUUUUUUGGAACUCAGCAUCCUGUACAUUUACGUUGCGCCCAUCAUCUUCCGCCUGGACUCGCUCAAAAAUGGACUGAUCCCGAUGUAUGCGACCGUGGCGCAAGACACAUUACAAUUGCAAACCGUCUUUUUCGUCACCACUUCAUCGCUGUGGAUAUGCCUCUGGAUGGUCAAGUUCUCGCUUUUGUCGAUGUACAAACGCCUGGUGGUUGGCAAGGCCUACAUUGCCGCGUGGUGGGGGAUUACGAUCGCUUGCGCUGCUUUCCUCGUUGGCUGCAUUCUUUCCUCAUGGUUCUCCUGCUCGAGCUUCCAUGCGUGGUUUACUGCGGGCGCAUGCAAUACACCCCGGGAUAUCCGUGCAGCCGUGAUCAGCUUAUAUUUCGCAUAUGCAGUUGACAUCCUCACGGACCUGGCAAUCAUGGCGCUCCCAAUUCGACUUAUCUGGCACUUGAAAAUGCAAAUGAAGCAGAAGCUUAGUAUCGGAGGUCUCUUCUGCUUCGGAUGGAUCUGCAUCAUCAUUGCCACAAUUCGAGUCGUUCAGUUAGGUAGUGCGUCCAACGAAGCUUCCAAUGGUGAGCCCGCUCCAUCGUGGCUUGCCCUGUGGGGGAUCAUCGAAGCCUCAAUCGCUGUUAUGAUCGGCUGCUGUCCCGGCUUAUAUCGCGUUGUUAAAUCAGUCAUCUCGCCCUCGAAACCUUCCUACGCAUACGGCUCAUAUAAUGCUCGCGGACGUGGAAUGAGUGGGAUACCAUCACACAGAUCUGGAGGUCAUGACAUUGCCAUGACGAAUCUUUCCGGAAAAGACGGUGUUUUUCAAUCAGCCAGCGCCUAUCGAUCUUCAAGCCCCUCAAGCAGCCAGGAACACCUCGCUCGUGGCAACGGUCGGGGCGUAAUCCUCAUCAACCAUGGCAUCGAGGUGACAGUGGAUGACCGGAAUGAGGACUUUGACCAGAUGGACCACCAAAGACGACACGGUCGCUCGCUUUAG